AUGGAUGAGGUGAGGAUUGCGACGAAGGUUGCAUCAAAUUCGAUCCGAGACCUACUCAGCAUGCAUGCUACUUGCAAGGCAUUCCUUGAAGCAGGUACAUCCGACGCUGUGUACCAGCAUGCGAUGAUGUGGCAGAUACGGCUAGUCUCAUUUUUAUUUUGCCUUGACCGGCCUCAAAGGAGGUUCCUGGAUCGCUGCGUUGAAUUGGGAAAUGCCGAUGCUAUACUCCGGCAGGGGUUAACGGAGUAUUUCUGGAUUGGACGCCGUGGUAUUGGAAUGGAACUGCUUGCCAGGGCCACGAUGGAUGGAAACGUCGAAUCAGGUUACCUGUUUGCCAUGUUCUACUGUGUGAACGCGAAGAAGAAGAAGAAGUGGAAAGGGGUGUUGAAAUGGUAG